GCUCCCCCGCCGCCGCGCCAUGACCCUGAGCUCGGAGAUGUCCGAGGCGUCGGCGCUGGCUGAGGAGACCGACAUCGAUGUGGUGGGCGAGGAGGACGACGAGGAGGACGACGAGGAGCCGCAGACCCGCAGUCGCCGCCGCUCCUACGCCGAGGAGGAGGAGGAGGAGGAGGAGGAGGAAGAAGACGAGGAGGAUGUGGGCGACCUCCACGACGCCGCCCUGCUGCCGCGGUCGUCCGUGUGCGACGGAGGCGGAGGUGGUGGUGGCGGCGGCGGCGGCGAGGCGGGCGGCGGGGACGGUGCUGGCGGCUCUUGGUCCCCCUCGCGGGGUGGCCCCCAGAAGGCGACGGCGAGCGGCGGUGGGGCGGGCAGCGGCGGCAGCGGCGGCGGGGCGGGUGGCGGCGGCAAGAACAGCCUGGUGAAGCCGCCCUACUCCUACAUCGCCCUCAUCACCAUGGCCAUCCUGCAGAGCCCCAAGAAGAGGCUGACGCUCAGUGAGAUCUGCGAGUUCAUCAGCGGGCGCUUCCCCUACUACCGAGAGAAGUUCCCCGCCUGGCAGAACAGCAUCCGCCACAACCUCUCCCUAAACGACUGCUUCGUCAAGAUUCCCCGGGAGCCCGGCAAUCCUGGCAAGGGCAACUACUGGACGCUGGACCCCGAAUCUGCCGACAUGUUCGACAACGGGAGCUUCUUGCGCCGCCGAAAGCGCUUCAAGCGGCAGCAGCUCCCGGCGCCCGAGCUUCUGCUGCGCGCCGUGGACCCCGCCGCCUUCCUCCCGCAGCCCCCGCCACAGCCUCCGCAGCAGCCACCCUGCACCUACGGACCCUACGGCUGCGGCUACGGUCUCCAGCUCCAGCCCUACCUUCCCCACUCCACUCUCUUCGCCUUCCACCACCCCUCCCCGCCGCCCCGCCAGCCCCCCGCCGCCCCUGGCAGCGCCCCUGGUGCGGCGCUGCCCCCCGCCGCCGCGCCGCCGGGCCCCUUGCUGCCGGCGGCGGAGCUGGUACGGACGCCCUUCGGCUACGCGCACCCGCUGGGCCCGGCGCUGGAGGCCUCGCUGCACUCCGCCAAGCCCGGCAGCGGCGCAGCGCUGGCCCGCUCGCCCUUCUCCAUCGAGAGCAUCAUCGGGGGGGGGCCCGGCCCCGGCGCGGGCAGCAGCUGCGCCUCGCAGUCUGCCGCGGCGCCGGGGCUGGCCCGCUCGCUGGGGAGCGCCGGGGGCGGCCUGCCCCCCGCCGCCGCCCUGCCCGCCGUCCCCGGCUUCGCGGCACGGAUCUCUAACUGUUAA